UGUUCUGUCGGCCAAGCAUGUUUAGUUUAUUUGUAGUUUCGGUUUAGUUAGUUUUCGUGUCCAGUCAUAAAGCUGUUUUUGAGUGCAUUUUGCCUGCCGUGAGCCUGCACUUUAGAUCCACCAUUGCUGCCUGCACACAGCCUUCACUUGACAUGCAAACCCUCUGCAUAUGACGUUACGGGCCAAGACCUUGCUCAAAAUCCCACACUUUGGAAAACCGUACGUCGUCAGCCAUGUCCGCCGUCAGCAGCUCAAACACGGCCUUUGCCUUGGAGCUGUUCCGCACUCUGAGCCAGGCAAACCCUGCCGGGAACAUCUUUGUCUCUCCUCUGAGCAUCAGUUCAGCCCUGGCCAUGGUCUACCUGGGAGCUAAAGGAGACACUGCAGCUCAGAUGGCUCAGGCCCUCUCAUUCAGCUCAGGUGAAGGCGUCCAUGCAGACUUCCAGAAACUGAACGCUGACAUCAACUCACCGUCUGCAUCCUACAUCCUGAAACUAGCCAACCGUCUUUAUGGAGAAAACACUGCCCACUUCCUCCCAGACUUCCUUGAAGCCACACAGAAGUACUACCAGGCAGACCUGAAGGCUGUGGACUUCAUCGGAGCUCCAGAGGCGUGCAGAGCAGAGAUCAACAGCUGGGUCGAGCAGCAGACAGAAAAUAAGAUAAAAGACCUUCUGAAGCCAGGAACAGUACGCUCAAAUACCAGACUGGCCCUAGUUAAUGCUAUCUACUUCAAGGGCAACUGGAGGAACCCAUUUGAUGAGGCAAACACCAAAGAGAUGCCCUUUAAAGUCAGACAGAAUGAGACCGUACCAGUCCAGAUGAUGUACCAGAUGAAGAAGCUGCCCUACAACUACAUUCAUGACCAUGGUCUGCAGAUUCUAGAGUUGCCCUACGUGAAUGAGGAGCUCAGCAUGUUUGUUCUUCUACCUGCAGAGUCCUCAGAUGGCUCAGACCCUCUGCUGAAGCUGGAGAAUGAGCUAACACAGGAGAGGCUGAAUGAAUGGACCGACAGGAAAAACAUGGACGUUGAUUCAGAAGUUGUCCUUCACCUGCCAAAGUUCAAGCUGGAGGAAGACUACGAGCUAAAUGAACCUCUGGCUAAACUGGGUAUGAAGAACGUGUUCUGUGCAGGAAGCGCUGACCUCUCUGGCAUGAACAGUGAAGGGGGGCUCUUCCUGUCUACGGUGGCCCACAAGGCCUUUGUGGAGGUGAACGAGGAGGGCACGGAGGCCGCUGCAGCCACAGCUGGCAUGGUAGCAUUCUGCAUGUUGAGGGAGGAACACUUCAGAGCAGAUCACCCCUUCCUCUUCUUCAUCAGACACAAUAAGACCAAGUCCAUCCUGUUCUUUGGCAGAUUCUCAUCUCCUCAGUAGAGGAAAAGGAUGGUUCAAAUUAAAAUAAAAUAUCUUAAAAACAAUAGAAAUGAAGCCUUUAUUUUGUGAUGUUGAGUUAAUUAAGGAAUUGUAUUUUGCUUUAUUUGUGAAUAAAGUUUGAUUAUUUUACAUUAAUUCAUUCUUAAUUAAGUUGGGUUUUUGUUGGGGGGGUUAAUAUUGCAAACAAUGGCUGUAGAAAUGAAUGUAGAAAUUAAGGCUUUUAAUCAGUCUGGCUCUUUCUUUUUUACUUUUUUACUACAAGGACACUAUAGAAUACACUAAAGAUCAGUACGGGAUUAAAACUACUUGUAAAAUGAACAGACUUGUCCGUGUUGUCUCCUAGACCAGAACACGUAACCUUUUUCAUAUUUUUGUUGCUCACAGCAUUUCUGCUGAAAAUCAUGAACCUUAUGACUUUCUAGUCACCCUUUUUUGUCCCUAAAAGCCCAGUUUUUGCUGAGUGUCCAUCAUGGAGUGGCGCUUUAGCUAAAAGGUGUGGACCAUGUCAGGUCCUGGUGUUUUUAGCUUUUUAUGCCUCAAACUCCUUGUUGAAGUCUCGAUAUGUGAUAUAGAUUAGUUUUGUUCAGCUAUUAAAGCCAUUAGCCAUUUGA